GCAGGUUAGGGUCUCUAGAAACAUUCAGAGAGUCAGAGGAUUGCUGCUGUCAGUCGGUUUAUUUUUAUUUCUCCAUGGCGGCUCCUGAAUCCGAAUGUCUUUUCUCUCUGGACCCCUACCAUGUCUCUGAGGAACUUGGCUUCAUCCUCCCUGACCCUCUGGAAGAGCUUCCACCGUACUACCAGCCAUGGAUGGAUAUUGCCCUGCACGUCCCGGAGCUGGUGCACUCUCACAAGUUGCGGCUGCAUAUAAACGAAAUGCCGCUGCUGAGCAUCCAGUUUCUGCAGAAACACUCAGAGUUACGUCUGGCACACCUGGCCCUCAGCGCGAUGACCAUGGGCUACGUCUGGCAGGAGGGGGAGAACGACACAGUGGAGAAGCUGCCACAUAACCUAGCGGUCCCAUACUGGGAGGUGUCACAGCGUUUAGGACUCCCCCCAAUUCUCACCCAUGCAGAUGCAGUCCUGGCUAACUGGAAGAAGAAGGAUCCAGACGGGCCCUUUGACAUGGAGAACCUGGAGCUGCUGGUCAGCCUCCCGGGUGGAGACAGUGUGAGAGGUUUCUUCAUGGUCACUCUGCUGGUGGAGCUGGCUGCAGUUCCUGCACUGAGGAACAUUCCCACUGUGAUCAACGGUGUCAGGUGUGGAGACACAGAGGCUGUGGCCACAGCUCUGGAGGAGAUCAGCCAGUCCAUGCAGGACAUGACAGACGCACUCAAACUGAUGCACGACUACGUGGAUCCAUCCGUCUUCUAUGGAAUUAUGAGGAUCUACCUGUCUGGGUGGAAAGACAACACCUCUAUGCCAAAGGGGCUUGUUUAUGAAGGGGUGCAGGAGGAGCCGAUGGAGUAUUCAGGAGGGAGCGCUGCACAGAGCAGUCUGCUGCACUGCUUUGAUGAACUUCUGGGAAUCAAACAUGAAGAAACAAGUGGAGAGUUUCUAACCCGCAUGAGGAACUACAUGCCACCUGCCCACAAGCAGCUGAUCCAGGACAUCUCACUGCAACCCUCCCUUAAGGGUUUCAUCCAGCAGCAAGCCAGCGAGAGGCUAAACCAGGCCUUUCAGCGCUGUGUCAAAAAACUCGUGGUUUUGCGCAGCUAUCACAUCAAAGUCGUCAGCCGCUACAUCACUGUACCUGCUGCACGUGCCCGACAACUGAGAAAGCAGUACCGGGAGUCAGAGCAGGAGAUGAUCAGCAGAGCACCCACAGCGUUAGAGGAGAGAGGCACCGGGGGCUCUGGCAUCAUGUCCUUCCUUAAGACUGUGAGGAACCAAACAAAAGACACUUUGCUUCCUGAGACAGGCAAAACAAAAUUGCACCAUAGCUAAUGUGCUGUCAAUACUUAUUAGCAGCAGUGUCAACUACAUGGUAUAUAACAAUGGCUGCAACGGAUAUUUCACACAACAUUGAAAUAUAGAGGAUGAGUUGUGACAGAAUGAGCGUGAGAGACCUUCAUCGCAUAUCUUAUAUGUAUCUGUGUUGUGUCUGUACAUAAAACUCAGCUUAUCAUAAUGAAACCCAUUGAUGUUGCUUUCAACUACAUUCAACCAAUAAUUCCGUCUUUAAUCUGAACUGGAAUGCAACAAUUUCAUCAGACAUCUGCUCCAGACCCACAUAUCUAGAGGACAUUAGGACAUUAGGCAACUGAAGUCAUUGCUUAACCCCCUCUUACUUAUUCUGUUUAAACGCAGUAAAGAAAUAACAAAGUUUGUCUUCUAUAGCUUUAAAAUGUAGCAGCAUUGUUUUUUCUGUUAAUAAAAUGUUGAAGGUUACCCG